UGGGAAGGGCUCCCUAGUCCCAGGGAAAGGGGUGGCCGCCCAGCUGUCUGUCUGCCUGUCCAGCAGCCGACCGAGGACAUGGCCCCCAGGGCGACGCUUUGGGGGCUCCUGUGGGUUCUCUCCAUGGGAGCCGUGACGGCUUCCGAAACAGAGGGGCUGCUGCUGAAGGCGCUCUCCCAGAACUACAGCACGACUGUGCGCCCGGCCCGCAGCAUCAGCGACAGGGUUCCCGUCCGGAUCGGGAUGUCCCUCUCGCAGCUCAUCAGUGUGGAUGAAAAAAACGAACAGUUGACAACAAAGGUCUACAUGGAUCUGACAUGGACAGACUACCGCCUCACCUGGGAUCCCGCGGAUUACGAGGGCAUCACCUCCGUCAGGAUUUUUUCUAACAAAGUCUGGCUCCCAGAUAUAGUCCUCAUGAACAAUAACGACGGCGUUUUUGACAUUUCUCUGAUGGUGAACGUCUUGGUGAACCACGAGGGGGUCGUCCGGUGGCAGCCGCCCGCUGUUUACCGGAGCAGCUGCAGCAUCCAGGUCACCUACUUCCCCUUCGACUGGCAGAACUGCACCAUGACCUUCCGCUCAUAUACCUAUGACGCCUCAGAGGUCACCCUCCUGCACCCUCUGAAGGAGAACGGGGAAGAGCUGAAGGAGAUCAUCAUCUACAAGAAUAUCUUUAUCGACAACGGGCAGUGGGAGAUCCGGCACAAACCGGCCCGCAAGAACACCCUCCCCGGAGACCCCCUGUACGAGGACAUCACCUUCCACCUCAUCAUCCGCCGCAAGCCCCUCUUCUACCUCAUCAACGUCAUCAUCCCUUGCGUCUUGAUCACCAUCCUGGCCAUCUUCGUCUUCUACCUCCCUCCGGACGCAGGGGAAAAGAUGACCCUCUCCAUCUUCGCCCUCCUCACCCUGACGGUGUUUCUUCUCCUGCUGGCCGAUAAAGUCCCGGAGACGUCCCUGGCGGUGCCCAUCAUCGUCAAAUACCUCAUGUUCACCAUGAUCCUGGUCACCUUCUCCGUCAUCCUCAGCGUGGUGGACAUGAACCUGCACCACCGCUCUCCCAACACGCACGAGAUGCCCUUCUGGGUGAGGCAGAUUUUUAUCCACAAACUUCCUCGGUAUUUGGGGCUGCGUCGUCCAAAGCCGGAACCCACUAUCAAACCCGUCCCCUUGCCCCCAAAACAGGAGCCCACGGUGAAAAGCAACCGUCGUAUGGAUGAGUAUUUCCUCCGCACACCUGCCUGUGACUUCCUCUUCCCCAAACCUAACAGGUUUCAGCCAGAGGUGUUCUCCACGGAUAUGAAGAAAUUCAUCGAGGGCCCCAGCCACUGCCUCGCCCUCCCCCCAGACCUGAAGUCAGCCAUGGACGCUGUCAUGUAUAUUGCCGAGCAGCUGCAGGAGCAAGACGACUAUGAUGCGCUGAAGGAGGACUGGGAAUAUGUGGCCAUUGUGGUGGACCGCCUUUUCUUCUGGACCUUCAUCAUCUUCACCACCGUCGGCACCCUCACCAUCUUCCUGGAUGCCAGCUUCCACCUGCCCCCCGACAACCCCUUCCCCUGAGUUCCUGGCCUUCUCCCCCACACUGGGCGGGGGGCACACACACCCCCUUGCCUUUCCAACAAGGAAGACCUCAAGAUCCACCAAAGAGUGAAACAAGUCAGAGAGAACUUGGUUAUUUUAACAUCUGCAGUGAACUCAAACUCCAUGUGGCUCCCUUCAGAUUUUCAUCUGAAAUGACCUGUGCAGUGAUUGUUGGUUUUGGCUUUCCGGUUAUGAGCAUUAAAUGGCUGGGGCCAUUGGGCCUCUGGACCCACAAAGUUCAUGCUGGCUACUCCAGUUCGAGAGCCAGUUUGGUGUCGUGGUGAAGUGCGCGGACUCUAAUCUGGGAGAACCGGGUUUGA